ACCAACCCGGAGAGAAACGCACGUUGUUCACGGCCAAUGUACUGAAAUUUCUCGGCUCCUCCCCCUCCUCCGAGAAGCAGUGUGAAAAGCGGCCCCGUUAAUGUAAGGAAGAUUGGCCUUGCUGACUUGCCGUACUUGGAGCCGUAACAGCGUGAGAGUUAAGGAACGAGUCUUCCUUCGCCGCUGCUGCGGUCGUUGCAGCCUGUGGAUUGGAACUUCCACGCUCGCGGGAUUCGAAACGUCACAAUGGCUCAGAACGUUCAGAAUGUUACACUGUCUCUCACGCUGCCCAUCACUUGCCACAUUUGCCUGGGAAAGGUCCGUCACCCGGUCGUCUGUGCCAACAACCAUGUCUUCUGCUCCAUUUGUAUUGAAGUCUGGCUGAAGAACAACAGUCAGUGCCCUGCUUGCAGGAUCCCUAUCACCCCUGACAAUCCUUGCAAAGAGGUCCUAGGAGGGACAAGUGAAAGUAAUCCUGUGUUUAGCCCUACGGUCAGAAAACAGCUCCGCAAAACAAGGCUUGAGCUACUGCACAAAGAAUAUGAGGAUGAGAUAGAAUCUCUACAGAAAGAGCUGGAAGAGCUGAAAAGGAGCAACCUCAGCCUGGAGUCCCAGCUCAAAUCAGUCCUGCAACCCGUGAUGCUGGACAUGUCUGACAAAAAACGGGCGAGUCCUGGGGUCUCGGAUGAUGAGCACAAAGUGGAUCCUGAGACUUUGGCAGCAUGGACCCAGAAGCUUCAGGCCGCCAGUGAUAUGUAUGAAAAAGUGAAAGAUGACAUGGAAAAGUUAACAGAGGUAAAUAAGAAACUGAGGCUUGAAAACGGUAGCCUUGCGAGGGAGAACUUGCGGCUGAAGGCUGAGGUUGGAAGCCGAUCGCCCCAGAAAUUUGGAAGGUUUACUGUUGCGGCACUUCAGUCCAAGCUAGAACAGUGUGAGCGUGAAACGAACCGCCUUAAGAAAGCCUUGGAACGAAGUGAUGCCUACAUAGAAGAUCUGGAGUUGCAGGUUUCGCAGCUGAAGAGGGAAGGCAACCAAACGAAAGAUGACAGCGUGGAAAGCGAAGCUGCUGGCCCUAUGGAGGAUAAAGAGAGCAAAUGCGCAGCUGGUGAGAUUGCACUGCUGGACAGCCCAGAAGAGCACAUGGACCAAAACUGUUUGUGCACUAGCCAUAGUCCUAAUGACCUUGAGCAGCCAGCAGGUAGCGGACUGUUAGGGAGCAGCAGUGAUGUGUGCUUAAAUUCAGCCAGCCAGGGGUGUUCAGAUGAGCCUGUUGCACAAUGCUCAGCCAACAGUGAUGGUUUUACAGGCUCCCAGGAGGGUCUCUUGGAUAUAGGUGGCUCUGAUAUGGAGACCUGUUCAGAGCAAACUUGGGAUAAAAUAGAGGACUGCGUACCCUAUAAAGAAGAGCUUUAUGAGCUUCCGGAUCCAUGUACGCCGUUGUCUCUCAGUUGCCUCCAGUUGAACACUCCCACCAACAAGGAUGAUCCUGCCGUGAAAGAGGAGGAUGCGAGAGAGUCGCCCACCUUUCUAAGGAAACUGGAAUUUGAGGAUUUUGGCGAGGCAUCAGAUGACUGUAACAAAGACUCUCCAGAACAUAGUGCAAGUAGUUGCGAGAGCAGCGAGACCAAGGUGACUUGUUUUGCUUCCGAGAAGCCAGUGUUUUGGAACAGGUGCCAGCAGCAUUAUGAUGAGAACUUGGACUUUGAGGGCACGGAGCCAAAUGCAGUGCCUAGCGACUCUGGAGAGCCUUCGGCAAAAUCCAGCGACAAACCACACAACCCCAGUGAGCCUAAAAAACUGCAUCCUGUCCGCUCUUCAGAAAUGAAUCGCACCAGGACAUCCAGCGAGGCAUCUAUGGAUGCCGCCUACCUUGAUAAAAUCUCUGAACUGGAUUCCAUGAUGUCGGAAUCAGACAAUAGCAAAAGCCCAUAUUAUAUUUCUAAGUCAUCUUCUGACCUGGAUAAUUCCUGCAAGUCAACACAAUGUCCUGAUCUUUUAAAUGAAAAAGAUAAGACUAUCAAGGACAGGAAGGAUCCAAACCCUCUAAAAUGUCCUCUUGCAGGUGAUAAUUUGGAAGAUGGGAACGACUGGAAAUCUGCAACUUUUUCAAUCCUUUCUCCAUCUGCAUUGGACGUAACUGAGCCUUUCCCGCUAUUUGCAGGUCGGACUUCAGAAACAAAUGAAACAAAAUCUCGGAGCUUCUUAUUCCAAAGAGAGCUUUCCCCAAGCUUUCUGUUUAGCAACUCUCGAGGGUCAUUUGAAGAGCACAAACUUGGGUCAUCUCUCUAUAAGGUGGCACCUGAGCUGCAGAAUCUCCACAACCAACUCCAAUCUCCUUGGUCGUCGUCCUUCAUACCCCCAAAAAAAGCCAAAAGCAUCCACGCAUCGGCAAAAAGGAAAAUUCAGAGUAGCCUGUCUAGUGCAAGUCCAUCAAAAACAACUAAGAACUGAUUCCCUUGUUGACUUUCAUUUUGGUUUUUUUUCUAAACAAAUAAAAUAUUUAGUGCCGAUGUGAAAAUGUUCCUUUUUCCACCCCAUCCUGCAAAUUCUUCUUGGGUUCUCUGGUGACCUCAGUCUGUCCCACUUAUAAACUGAGUGAUGGAGUGUGAGAAUUCUUUGCAGCAGCGCUGGGGAUCUUGUGACCCUCCAGAUGUUGCUGGACUACUACACCCAUCAUUCCUGACAAUCGGCCAUGCUGGCUGGGACUGAUGGGAAUUCGAGUCCAACAGCCAGUGGCGGCUGGUGGCUCCAUGCCAGCGGGGCAGUGGAAUCCGCUCUGGGGUUUAGUCCAGACUUUCAAGGAACACCUUGGAGAGCACCUUGAAAGUUUGAACUAACCCCCAGAGUGUAUUAGUCUUCCCCACUGACAUGGAGCCGCAACUGCCAACAGCAUCUGGAGGGCCACAGGUUCCCAUUCCCUGCUUUAGAGUACACUUUUCUGAAGAAGCGUUAUUUUUUUAAAAUAGAUGUCUUCAGUUUUAGACAGCUUGGGGGUUUUGUUUUUUAGGGUUGGGUUAUGUGAAAUCUUUAUCCUAUGAGGAGCCGUUAAAUGUCCAGUCAGUGAGUGUUGAUAGAUCUUCAAAACGGUUUCUCCUUGAAACAAAUCUUUAUAUGAGUAAGACAGCUUCUUUGUUCCCUUUUCUUCUGCACAGAUCUGACAGCAGCUGUUGCAAAGCCCACUUUCUGGCUUUCACCAUGAAACAUUUGCUUGCUCAUACCUGCAUGAGUCUCUGCUGAAUCUGUAACUUUAAAUAUGUAGCUUUUAGUAUCUUUCUUUGCAAGUUUUCAGUUGGGAAAAGCACAGUCUUUUUGCUUAAGACAGAAAACCCAGUUAUUUUUGUCUUGCCUUUUUUUUAAUUAAACACUGCUUUUAACUUUCCAAAAAGAGAAAGCUCCACUGUUGUACAAGACCGUGUUGUUUGUGCCUGUGUAGUUCAUAAAAAUGGGUUGGUAUGCUAAUAGCUUGUUUACCAAAUGUGCACUGAGCAUUUUACAUGAAUACUGUACUGUUUUACAUGAAUACUGCAUGCUUUUCUAUGUGGAAUGAAUAAAAAAAUGUCACAAGCAUUGUAA